GCCACAUCCGCCGCCGCCGGGAAGGGGCCGGCGCCGGGGCCGCUAAGGGCGCCGCGCUCCCGACUCUCGCUGUCGGGCCCGCGGGCCCCGCGCCGGCCUCAGGAUGCCGCUGGGGCUGAAGCCCACCUGCAGCGUGUGCCGCAGCACGUCCUCCUCCAUGUGGAAGAAGGGCGGGCAGGGAGAGAUCCUGUGCAACAACUGCACGGCCCGCUCGGCGCCGCCGCCCCCCGCCUCCUUCGCCACCACCUCGGCGGCCGCCGCCCAGCACAGCAACGGCGGCAGCGGCGGCGGCGGAGGCGGCGGCGGGAAGCAGAGCAAGCAGGAGAUCCAUCGCCGCUCCGCGCGGCUCAGGAACACCAAGUACAAGUCUGCGCCCGCCGCGGAGAAGAAGGUUUCCACGAAGGGCAAGGGCAGGAGGCACAUCUUCAAGCUGAAAAACCCUAUCAAGGCUCCUGAGUCCGUAUCCACUAUAAUUACAUCAGAAUCAAUCUUUUAUAAGGGUGUGUACUACCAAAUUGGAGAUGUUGUUUCAGUGGUUGAUGAGCAGGAUGGAAGAACAUACUACGCUCAGAUCCGUGGGUUUAUUCAGGACCAAUACUGUGAAAAGAGUGCUGCACUAACCUGGCUCAUUCCUACACAAGCCAGCCCCAAAGACUGUUUUGACCCAGCAUCCUAUAUCAUAGGACCAGAAGAAGAUCUCCCAAGAAAAAUGGAAUAUUUAGAAUUUGUUUGUCAUGCACCUUCGGAAUAUUUCAAAUCUCGAUCAUCCCCCUUUCCUACUGUUCCUACAAGGCCAGAGAAGGGCUAUAUAUGGACUCAUGUGGGACCUACUCCUGCAAUCUCCAUUAAAGAAACUGUAGCAAAUAAUUUAUAAUUUUUAAGGAAUCCUUUGAACUAGUUAUUUUGUGUGUAUCCUCCAGUUUGUAAGCCCCUUACAAGAAGUUUUAAAAAUUAUAAAAUGUGCUGGUUUAUUUUAUAGAUUAUGGUAUUUAUUUAUUUUAGAUAUAUCAGACCUUUAAAGUGGAAGUUUUCAUUCCAGUUGAUGCAUCAUUUUGGUGCUCUGCUCUUCAGACGUUAUUGCUCAUCUUGGGACAAAACCACAAAUUUCCUGUCAUUUUUGACUUCUGAAAGUUGCCUUUAGUAUUCAUUCUUUCUUUUUAAGUUAUUUUCCAGAAGAGGAGUUUAAAAGAUAUAAUCAUUCAGCAUUUUAUAUGACUGUUAAUUUAGUUAAUUGUGACUGCUGGUUUUAUUUCCUUGUUAAAUAAUUUAAGACUAGCUUCACCUAAAUACAAAAACAGUCAGUGAUGCAGUUAACAGUUUUCUGUUACAUGGAGAGGGUGAUCUACCUGGAUUUCUCCAGACUAAAACCUCAUCCACAAAGAGGGACUCUAGAAGUCACCUUUUAUGGGAAUUUUGUUAAUCUGAAUCUGAAAUGUGGGCUAUGUGUGUAGCUUUCUGUUUAACUUACUUAAAUAAGGGCAUAAAUUUCCUGGAAAAUUGGAUGCAAAUUCAAAAAUUAAUGUUAUUUGCCAUCCUGGCAUUCUCAUUGCAGAAGGAUAUCUGCUUUUCCUGAGCAAGCCAACACUGACAUAUGAUUUGAGUUAAUAUUUGUUUGCCUGUUAGCUUGGACUCAUAAAAUUGAUUUUAAACUGUUUUUUUCAGUCUUCACAAUUAAUGAUGGUAAGAAGAAAAAAAUGGUCAGGCAAUUAAAAUGAAAAAAAAAUCAAUAAAGGAAAUAAAAAUUAAUUUUAUGUAUUGACAAUCUCAGCAUAACUAGGAAUAUGUAUAAAUACCGGAAUGGGAGAAAUGCCACGUACUAAAAUACCAAUGAACUUUUUUGCCCUAAAUGUUUUACAAGCCAGUUAGCUCCAAACACAGUGAGAUGUGCUUGUAUGGCCUGAAUUCCAAGGGCUUAGUGGUUCCUGCUGCCUGUGAAGGAUAAGAGCUGUAAGUGGCCUUAAAUUUAAAUGUAAUGAUCUUUUCCAUUUUUUUUUUCUUUUGUAUGAACAUAAGUGACCAGCAACCAGAAGGUCCAAAUCACCUUUAAGAUACUGUAUGAAAGCAUGAAAAUGUUGCACGAGGCUUCUGUUCUAACUUUGUGAAAGGCUUUGAUUUAAGAUGUAACAUAUUUGAAAGUCUCAGGUAUUGACAACUUUUAAUACAGUGGGACCUGUGAGGGUAGAAACCAGAUAAAUUUGUUUUGGCCUGCAACCUCUGUUCGGCCCUCUUCAAAUACAAGAAAGAACAAUCAGCAUUAAGGGAGUAGAUGCUAAAGUUAAGGAAUACUGUCAAUAAUUCAAAAUGCUCAAAAAUUAGCAGUAGAUUGGUAAUACAGAGUUAAAUCUUAAUCUUCAAUCACUUACAAAGAGGAGAUGUGUGCCUAUGUUCAGUGUGUUGUGGUGAUCAAUCCCAAGGUGACCUUGCUUCUCUCCAUUCUCUCCUUUCAAUUCCUCUGGGGUUUUUUCUUCUUAUUUCUUUAUUAACAAUUACAACAAAAUAAAAAUAACAAGUCCUAUAUUUACAGUAACCAGAGUGACUUCCUUGACUUAAAUAUUUUCCUUCCUUUUUCUGCAGUCCACAAGGUUUUCACUUGGGAUUACUGUGACGUCCCUGUGCUGCUUCAGCACAAUCCAUGGACCUGUCCUCUUCUCUGGGCUGUCUUAUCUUAUGUGAAUUACCAGUGUUGGAAAAGGCCUUGAUGGUCAUUGAACCCAAUAAAGCUUAGCUGUGUUCCUUGUCAAAUCCUCAUAGGAAUGAGGAGGGAAACAAUGA